UUACGUAACAGGAAGUAAAGCGACUCCAACAAAACCGCGCGUGGUUGAAAUCCUUAAACAGAAGCGCGUCGCCUUCCAUUCGGCUGCAUCCGAUAAAUACGCAACGUAUGUGGUGGAUCAGUAACAUUAGUUACACGACAACCUCAACGACGAAAGAGAUAUGGCCGUCGUUGAGAAAGAAAAACAAAGAUGUGGAGUUAUCUUUAUUGCCAAGAUCUUGGGUUGUAUAAUGGCGGUCAGUACACGUGGCAAUCCAGCAGACCCAACAACAACCCCCAGCUUCCGGUUUUGUGAUUGCAGUGGGAAAAUGUCUGCAAGGACCACAGCAGCAAAGUACGUGAAAGAAAAGGACCGCAGUCGUCGACGACUGGAACAUCUUUGGCUGCAGCCUUAUGUUGUGUUGCGCAGAGCAGACAUCAGUGAAGCUAUUUGUCCUAAGCAGGAGGAGCCGGACCGCACUCGCAUUAAAGAGGAAGAUGUGGGCAAAGAGGUCCACCACUUCAAUGAACAAAUGGAGCAGAAGUUUCUUUGCACUAAAAAAGAGGAGGAAGAGCCGGAGCGGCCUUGUCAGAAAGAGGACGGAGAGGACUCCUGCGACAUCAAAAAGGAGGAGGAAGAUACCUGCGAGAUGCCAUUGACUGGUGUACUUGUGAAGCGUUUAGAUGAGGCUCAACGUGAGGUGAGCAAAGGAGCGGAGCCUCCAAGCUGCAGCUCAAGUCCACAUAUGACCAGAGAAGGUGAUGGAGACCACUGUGGGGAAUCACAAGCAGCUCCACCAUCAGAUAGUGAUGACGUGUUGUCACAUGUUAAAGCUGAUGAUGAUGACGAUGACUCUCAAAACAAACACAAGCAAUGUUCUCACUGUGGAAUUUGUUUUGCUCAUAGCAGUAGUUUGAAACAACACAUGAGAAUGCACACAAGAAAGAAAAACUUUUCCUGUUCAGAUUGUGGCCAAAUGUUCUCUCAGAGGAGACAUUUAAAUACGCACACAUUAACCCACACUGGCGUGAAACCUUUUUCAUGCUCAGAUUGUGGCCAAAAGUUCUCUAAGAGGGGACAUUUGAACAGGCACACAUUAACCCACACUGGCGAGAAACCUUUUUCAUGCUCAGUUUGUGGCCAGAAAUUCUCUCAUAGGGUAAGUUUAAAUAUGCACACAAGAAUCCACACUGGUGAGAAACCUUUUUCAUGCUCAGUUUGUGGACAAAAGUUCUCUCGGAGGGGACAUUUAAACAUGCACACAUUAACCCACACUGGCGAGAAACCUUUUUCAUGCUCAGUUUGUGGCCAAAGGUUCUCUCAGAGGGGAAGUUUAAAUACGCACACAAGAAUCCACACUGGCGAGAAACCUUUUUCAUGCUCAGUUUGUGGCCAGAAAUUCUCUCAUAGGGUAAAUUUAAACACGCACACAAGAAUCCACACUGGUGAGAAACCUUUUUCAUGCUCAGUUUGUGGCCAAAAGUUCUCCUGUAGGCAAAGUUUAAAUAUACACACAAGAAUCCACACUGGCGAGAAACCUUUUUCAUGCUCAGUUUGUGGCCAGAAAUUCUCUCAUAGGGUAAGUUUAAACAUGCACACAAGAAUCCACACUGGUGAGAAACCUUUUUCAUGCUCAGUUUGUGGCCAAAGGUUCUCUAAGAGGGGAAGUUUAAAUAUGCACACAAGAAUCCACACUGGUGAGAAACCUUUUUCAUGCGCAGUUUGUGGCCAAAAGUUCUAUCACAGAGGAAGUUUAAAUAUGCACACAAGAAUCCACACUGGCGAGAAACCUUUUUCAUGCUCAGUUUGUGGCCAAAAAUUCUCUCAGAGGGGAAAUUUAAACACACACACAAGAAUCCACACUGGCGAGAGACCUUUUUCGUGAUCAGUUUGUGGCCUAAAAUUAAGUCAUAAGCAUCACUUAAACAGGCACACAAGAAUCCACAUUGGCGAGAAACCUUUUUAAAGCUCAGUUCGGCCAAACAGUCUCCCAGGGUAAACUUAAUCAGGCACGCAGGAGCCAAAGAGUCUCUGUUAAGAAUUUCGAGUGUUUUGGAGAGAUGAGCAAUGAUCCAUGAAGUUCUCACCUUCUUUUUGAGCAGACUUUAUGAGUUUAUGCAUCAAUGAUAGUUCUAUUCUAGUAUGCACCUUUUGAUUGAGAUGCUGAAGUUUAUUUUGUUUUUAGUUGUGUGUUCAUAUUUAGGGCAAGUUGCUUGGUUCUUAUUAGUGUUGGUUCAGGAUUUAGUUUUGUUCAGCUUUUCAUGUUCAUGCCUGGAAAGCGGACUUUAAACCGAUGAUGAUGUGGAUAAGAAAAAUGAAAUAUUGUUGGAUAUCCCCCAUUUUUCUUCAACUGUCUUUUUUGUUACUUUACCUUACUAAUAACAUGUUAAAAUGUACUCGAGAUGUAUUAAGACAUUUCAUUAAAGAGUGUUUUACCUCACAGUA